AUGUCACUUCUAAAACCGAAUGGCGGGACUCAACUUGCUGAACCGGAGGACUUGGACUUUGAGAUUGAAAUUGAUCCACAGACGCAAUUACCAAUUACAAAACUUCCUUAUGAUGAUGCACCCAUUGCUAAAAGUGAUCUCAGCUGGCUGAAGAAUGGACGCACUUUGCAAUUUUCGCUGGACAAGGCACACGACAAUGGAAUGCUGUUUUUGGCGUCCCGAGACGAGAACAAGAUGGAACCUUUGAACGACCGUGAGCGGAAACUUUAUCCAUUUGGAAUACCUUCAAAUAUAGACACUUCUGAGGAGUACGUCAAGUUCCUCACCAAAACGUACCGCACUUUUGAGCCGCUACUGACAAACCAAGCAUACAAGCAUUUCAGUGAUGAUGACGAAGACAUGACAUUUGGCGUGUUAAGCAAAAUUGAAGAGAAUCGGAAAGAUAAAAAACAGACGUUACAAUCCAUUAUCACAGCCAUGGUGGAAAACCUCAAAAGCUUAAUCUCCAUUAAGUCCAAGCUUGAUCCUAAUUUCGAGGAAACUUUCAUUUUCAAUUAUGAGGAGAUUCUCAACGUCCUCAACUUACUGAAUGCUGUGCAUUUCUCCAACAAGGAAGAGAGAAUCGCCUUACUUUCUGUUUGGAUCAACCGCGCCGAUAUACAGCCAGACGACGAGCUUUUCGAAGAGGUGAUGAGCUUUGAGCACCCUUAUAAAAACUUCCUCUUCUGGUCCACGUAUAUGAAGAAACUUUUGCUCCGUGGGUUUUUCAAAGAGGCUUUGGAAGCGCUGGACAAAAGCAACUGGACCGAUUUGAAACACGAAGAUGCUAAUCUGUUUAACGUCCUGACCGAUUUCAAGAACCUUUUGGAGUCCUACGAUAUGCUCAGGUUCUCUGUCGAUUCUAAGGAGUUUCUGAUCUGGAAACAAAUGAUGGUCGAGCUGCGUGAGAGAGUCAAGUCGCUGAGUUUCUCCGAGGCAGGACUGGCUUCAGAGGUGUCUGAACUUAUCACGAUCAUGUCCGGAUCUUCAAAUAGUAUACUAGAGGCCUCCAGUACAUGGUAUGAAGCACUUUAUGCGCACUAUCUCUACCAGCUGCCGUCCAUGGAGCUCCUCGAUGAGUAUCUUCAAGUGUCCAUUGAUAAAUACCCGCCUGAAACCACUCAGUCCUGGGAAACCAUGUGCAUUGAGCUGUUGCAAGGAAAGUUUCUGUCUGUGAUCAGCUCGAUUGAGUUGCUUGACAAGUCAAUUGCCACGUUCGUGGUAGUUCUUAUGGCCUCUGCUGGUCUUUUGAAAGGAUACUUGUCUGUUGUGUCAUUCACAGAGGCAUCCCUUAUUUCGACAAUUGACCAGAUGCUGGAGGACUUAUCUUUCUCAUAUUUGACCCAUCGCCAAUUGUUUCCGAUUGGUGUCGGAAUCUUGAUUCUUAUCAACAACUCAAAUUCCAGAGAAAUCGUUUCUGAGCUUCUUCCCAGAUACCACAUCACGAGCAAUGAUGAUUUGGAGUGGUGUCUAUCGAUUUGCGCCAAACUUAAACUGCAUCAAACAGCAGUGAAAAUAUACAAGAUCCAGGGUGCAAGACUGGCCUCAGUAGGGUAUCUAUACGAAGCUCUAUACUGUUACACUGAGGCAGGGGACUACACGCGACUGACUAAGCUGGCGUGGGAAAUCUUCGAAAAGAUACUGGUUGGCGAGCUGGAAGACGAAACUUUGAUAACCAAAAUUCGGUCCAACGAGAUUUCAGAGCCUGCUCUGCGACAAGCACUAAGUCCACUGGCUCUUUUGGACGAGUUUUUACAAAAGAAAGACCAACCGAGUUUUAGAAAUCUUUUCCAGCUGCUGAAUUUCAAGUAUCUGCCGAAACACUACAAGAUGUCGCUGGUGGUACUGAUAGAGCCGUAUUUGGAAAAGAGAGUGCUAAAGACCGAGGAGUUGGUGGAACUUAUUAAGGUUCUGAACGGGUUUGAGAAGGAGGCGGACGACGAGACUCUCGCCGCGGCCCAGAAGCUUUGUUCGCGGCAAGUGCCGAAUUUCGAUCUAAAACAAGAACUUCUUUCGGUACGCAAAAAAAUUGGCUACGAGAUGAGUUUGAAUUUUUUAUAG